AUGGGACACAAUACUGAUAAUUGCUGGACCCUGCGCAAGGAGAUUGAACGACUGAUCAAGGCGGGGCAUUGGUCCAACUUUGUCUCAGGAGAAAAUACACAGCCAGAAGCAGUCAAAAACACUGGCGUGGUGACUCUGCGCGUGAAUAACUAUGUUACUAAGAAAGUUUUUCUGGACCAAGGCAGUUCUGCAGACAUCAUAUAUGGCGAUGCAUUUGAAAGAUUGAGCUUAAAGGAGUCAGACUUAAAGCCAUAUACAGGGUGUUUGGUCGGAUUCACGGGCGAUCGGGCCAAGGUCCGAGGCUAUGUGGAAUUGGACACUGCUUUUGGCGAGGGGGAUUAUGUGAAGAAAUUUCAAGUAAAAUAUUUGGUUCUUCUAUGUAAGGCGACGUAUAAUGUGCUUCUUGGGCGCGAUACCUUGAACAAAAUACGUGCAAUAAUCUCAACCGCCCACUUAACAGUAAAGUAUCCAGCUUGCAACGGAAAGGUGGGGAUUUUGAGGGUGGAUCAAGAGGCCGCCCGAGCAUGUUACGCACAAAGUUUGGAACUUUAUGGUAAGAAGGCGGCCAAAGAAGCACAUCGCGUCACGGAAAUUUUUCCACAUGAAGAUUUUAAUUUGGAUCUGCGUGAUGAUUCGGAGGAGUUAAGACCUCAGCCGGCGGAAGAAAUCAAAUCUGUUCACUUAUCUGGGCGUGCUUUGAAAAUUGGGAGCACUUCGUCAAAGGAACAAGAGGACCGAUUGGUCCAACUACUCAAAAAAAAUUUGGACUUAUUUGCAUGGACAAUUAAGGAUGUUCUAGGCAUUGAUCCCAACGUUAUAUCUCAUCACUUGUCAAUCCAGCAAGGGGCCAAGCCUGUUGUACAGGCUCGUAGGCGCAUGGGCGAGGAAAAGGACAAGGCGGUGCAAAUAGAGACUCAAAAGUUACUUGAAGGAAAGUUCAUUAGAGAAGUUCAAUACCCAACAUGGUUGGCAAACGUUGUUAUGAUGCGAAAGGAAAAUGGGAAAUGGAGAAUGUGUACAAAUUACACAAGUUUAAACAAAGUUUGCCCAAAGGAUUCUUAUCCACUCCCAAAUGUGGACAAGUUGGUAGAUGGGGCUUCUGGGAAUGAAAUGCUCAGUUUGAUGGAUGCAUAUUCAGGGUACAACAAAAUUAUGAUGUAUCGCCCUGAUGAGGAGAAAACGGCGUUCAUGACAAGUCAGGCGAACUAUUGUUACAAGACGAUGCCUUUUGGUUUGAAGAACGCAGGAGCAACCUACCAGCGAUUGAUGGACAAGGUUAUUGCAAGUCAAGUGGGAAGAAACAUGGAAGUGGGGAUCGAGGUUAAUCCUGACAAAUGCAAAGCUAUAGUAGACAUGAAAAGCCCGUCCAGUAUUCGAGAGGUCAAGAGGUUAACAGGACGGUUGGCGGCCUUAUCUCGCUUUUUUCCAAAAGCAGGUGAUAGGGCGACGCCAUUUUUUACGUGCUUAAAAAAGAAUACAACUUUUCAAUGGACAGGGGCGUGCGAAGAGGCCUUCCAGCAACUUAAGGAGUUGUUGGCCUCGCCGCCUAUGCUAGCUAAGCCUACGCCAAGGAUUCCUUUAAUUCUUUACUUGGCGGUCACUGAUGCGGCGGUUAGUACAGUUUUGCUUCAGGAAGAAAACAAGCAAUAUAAAAUCAUAUACUUUGUAAGUCACACACUACAAGGGGCAGAAGUGCGUUACCAGAAAAUAGAAAAGGCGGCUCUGGCAAUACUAAAGACGGCCAGGCGACUUCGGCCAUACUUUCAGAGCUUUCAAAUAAAGGUCAAGACUGACAUUCCUAAGAGACAAGUUUUGCAAAAGCCUUAUUUAUCAGGGCGACUGGUUAGUUGGUCGGUCGAACUGUCAGAAUAUGACAUCAGCUAUGAACAGAGAGGACAAGUCACAAUUCAGAGUCUGAUUGACUUUGUAGCAGAGUUAACACCCACGGAGGGUGACAAAGAAAAUGCAGAAUGGGUACUUUCAGUUGAUGGUUCAUCCAAUGAAUCAGGGAGUGGGGCUGGCGUGUCAAUCGAAAGCCCGGACAAAAUGCUGAUUGAGAAAUCACUAAAGUUUGGAUUCAGGGCGAGCAACAAUCAGUCCGAAUAUGAAGCAUUAAUAGCUGGUUUGAGACUCGCCAUUGAAUUGGGAGUGCAAAAACUAUAUAUAAAGGGCGACUCCCAGUUGGUAGUAAAGCAAGUGCGCGGUGAAUAUCAAGUGAAGGACCCACAAUUGUCCAAGUACCUAGAAAUUGUUCAAAGGCUUAUGCAGGCGAUCGAACAUGUCAGGAUCGAGCACAUACCAAGAAGUCAAAACGAGUGUGCGGAUGCAUUGGCUAAACUGGCUAGCACUGGGCGACUCGGAAACUACCAAACUGUAAUACAAGAAAUCCUGCCCCAUCCAAGUACAGACAUGCUAGAGUUCAAAGUGGCAAAGGCUAUAGGAAAUGGGGAACCAUCUUGGAUGGACCCAAUCAUCGACUUCUUAAGUCAGCAACCUCAAGAUGAAAGCAAAAACACUAAGGAAAAGAGGCGAGAGGCUAGCUUUUACACCUUGGUUGGUGGACAGAUGUAUAGGCAGGGAAUUAUGUCUCCAAUGCUUAAAUGUGUGGAUGCUGCCAAAUCUCAAGAAAUAAUGGCUGAGGUUCAUGAAGGAGUCUGCUCAAGCCACAUUGGAGGGCGGUAUUUGGCCGUGAAAGUCCUCAGGGCGGGAUUCUAUUGGCCAACUAUCAAGAAAGAUUGCCUCGAAUAUGUGAAGAAGUGUUCAAAGUGUCAAGUUUUUUCCGAUAUACACAGGGCACCACCAGAGCAACUCACAACAAUGACCGCUGCCAAGGUGCGAAACUUUUUGUGGAGGCGUGUUGUGUGCCGUUUCGGAGUUCCAAUGGCAUUGGUUAUGGAUAAUGGCACUCAAUUUACCAGCGCAUUGACAAGGGACUUUUGUGCUGACCUUGGGAUUGACAUGCGAUUCACUUCAGUUGAACAUCCUCAGACAAACGGCCAGGCUGAGGCGGCUAACAAGGUCAUAUUAAAUGGAUUGAAGAAGAAGCUUGAUGAGGCAAAAGGAUGGUGGGUGGAGGAAUUUCCCGAUGUUUUGUGGGCGUACAAUACCACGGUCCAAACCAGCACUGGAGAAACGCCGUACAGACUAACCUAUGGUUCAGACACUAUGUUACCUGUGGAGGUAGAAAAUCAAAGCUGGAGGGUUGCAAACAGGAAUGAAGAAGAAAACAAUGAUAACUUAAUCGCAAACUUGAUCAUGCUCCCAGAAUUGCAAAGAGAGGCACACUUGCGUAAUGAAACAAGAAAGCUAAGGGUCGCCCGAAAAUAUGCAACUAAGGUCGUCCCUAGAAAGAUGAAGGCGGGAGACCUAGUGUUGCGUGAAAGGACGCUAACUUCAGGGAAGAACAAAUUGACACCCAAUUGGGAAGGCCCUUUUAGGGUUAAAGCUGAAGUGGGCGUAGGGGCGUACAAGCUUGAACAGUUGGAUGGCAGGGCGGUGUGCCGCACGUGGAAUGCCUCCAGUUUGAGGCAAUACUAUAGUUAA